AUUACAUCGAUCUGAGCAAAAACAAGUUCUAUGGUGAGAUUUCAUCAAAUUGGGGAAAAUGCCCAAAUCUUACAAUCCUACAGAUGUCGAACAAUGAGAUUACCGGUAGGAUACCUCCUGAGCUUGCAUGGAAGUCAUCUAUACUACAACGACUUGACUUUUCUUCCAACCGUUUAAUUGGAGAAAUUCCAAAGGAAUUAUGGAAAAUGAAGGCUUUGUCAAGCCUGAAUUUGAGCCAUAACCAGCUUUCAGGUAUGUUGCCAUCAGAAAUUGGAAAGUUGUCGAACUUAGGAGUUCUUGACCUGUCGGCCAACAAUCUAACUGGACCUAUUCCGGAUCAGCUAGGGGAUUGCUUCAAAAUGAUCUACCUAAACUUGGGUAAGAACAGAUUUAAUGGAAGCAUUCCAAAACAAAUGGGUAACCUGAUUUCACUACAACUUCUAAUGGAUCUUAGUCAUAAUCAACUCUUGGGAGAGAUACCAUCAGAGAUUGGGCAAUUGCAUGUUCUGGAAACUUUAAAUCUCUCACAUAAUAUGCUCUCUGGUUUCAUUCCCUCGUCAUUGGAAGAAAUGUUGAGUUUGACACUCAUUGACAUAUCAUACAAUGAGUUAGAAGGGCCGAUUCCAAAAAUUAAAGCCUUCGAAGAUGCUCCUCGAGAGGCUUUCACAAAAAAUAAAGCAUUGUGUGGCAAUGCUUCAAAAGGUUUGCCCUCUUGCAAUUCCUCAAUGAUAGAAAAGAGGAAUACUGGAAAGAAACACAUGCUCAUCAUUUAUAUCUUACUUCCUAUUUUGAGUGCAAUGUUUCUACUAUCCAUAGUUAUAGGAAUUGCUUUUGUUUUUCAAAGAAAAGCAAAGAAGAAGAAGAUAGAAAUGGGACAAACGGAAAGAAUUGAUCAAGGAGAUCUAUUCGCCAUAUGUAGGUAUGAUGGUAGAAUUGUGCAUGAAAAUAUCAUUGAGGCCACUGAAAACUUUGAUGACAAGCAUUGCAUUGGGAAGGGAGCAUAUGGAAGUGUUUACAAAGCAACUUUAUCAACUGGUCAAGUGGUAGCUGUGAAGAAGCUUCAUCCAUUACAAGAAGAUGCUGAAAUGGUCAAUAAAAAACAUUUUACAAAUGAGAUCCAUGCAUUGACUGAAAUACGACAUCGAAACAUUGUGAAAUUUUAUGGUUUUUGCUCACAUGUGUGGCACUCAUUUCUGGUUUAUGAGUAUUUGGAAAGGGGAAGUUUGGCGAAAAUCCUAGGAGAUGUAGAGAGGGCAACAGAUUUGGAUUGGAUCAGGAGAAUAAGUGUAAUUAAAGGUGUGGCCAAUGCGCUAUCUUACAUGCACCAUGAUUGUUCACCACCACUUAUUCACAGAGAUAUAUCAGGUAACAAUAUUUUGUUGGAUUCAGAGUAUGAGGCUCAUGUGUCAGACUUUGGCGUUGCAAGGCUUCUAAUGCCUGAUACAAGUAAUUGGACUUCUCUUGCAGGCACUUAUGGCUAUCUUGCUCCAGAAUUUGCUUAUACAAUGAGGGUGACAGAAAAGUGUGAUGUGUAUAGCUUUGGUGUGGUAACAAUAGAAACAUUAAUGGGAAGGCACCCUGGUGAGCUCCUUUCAUCUUUAUCACUACCAUCGUCGUCAUCGUUAGCAUCAUCAUCAUCAGUUGUGCAGACCAUGAUGUUGAAAGAUAUUUUAGACCAACGACUCCCUCCUCCCACAACUGAAGUUUAUGGAGCAUUGGUUUCAAUUGUAAAAAUUGCAUUUACAUGCAUGAAUGUUAAUCCCCAAUCUCGGCCAACCAUGGAACAUGUUUCUCAGGACUUAUCAUCUCACAAGCCGUUUUCUAUUGAUGAAUUCCAUACAGUCACAUUAGGAGAAUUCUUGCAUUGA